AUGGAUUUGAUCGACGAUCGUGGCUCACAUCCUUCUUCCCACCCCUUUGGCCCCCCCUUGCUCUCUCAACUCCGGCACGGCCUCAAGACGCGCUCCGUCGCUCCAGGCACAUCCCUAGAAGCCACCACGGCGUGGGGAGCGUCCCCCCCCUUGGGCCCUUCGCGACUUCGAGCUUCCUCCGUCUCCACUAUGCCGACGGGUCCCCGAUUCCAUUGCGGGUCCGUCCUUGUCACUCAAGUUUUCUUUCUGCUUUUUGUUCUAAUUGGUUGUUUCCACUGCAGCACUCCACUCCUGACCGAUUCCUGUCCCGGCCUGGCGUUCUGGAAAGCAAAGCACGACGCUGACUGGUCAAUUCGGAUUCAUAAGCGGAAUCUCCGCGGAAACUUGCCAAAUUGCCCUCGCGUGACAUAUCUGCGUCUCCAAUAUAUCGACAGCCAUGGCCCAGGAAGAGCAGCUUGCUCGCUGGUCCAAUCAGACGCUGAGACUGAGAUCCCUUCUCCAUUGCUCCGAUGGAAGAAGCUCCUGAAGGAGGAAACGCCCGCGGCUUUACGCCCUUGA